AUGAGCUCGGUUCAUGCUGCUUCGUUCCUUGUCAUGUUUCUAUUCAUCCAUGCUUGCGAUUCUCGUCACGUCGGGAUCUUCGAUCAUGUUUCCAUUGCAGGUUUCAGGUUUCAGACACAAUCCAAGGAUCUGCCUAAGGCUUCUUCGGUUAGGGUUACAGAGAAAGCUGGUGAAAACCAUUUCAAAGGGUCACCAGUUCAGGACUCCAUCGAAGAAGGCUCGAGAAUUGUUCAGAGAAAGAGCAUGGCUAGGGUUUCACAGAGAGUGAAACAUGACCAUCAGCCCCAUCCUCAUCCUCCAGAGUUCUACGCCGACUAUCCAAAGCCAUCCACUCGGCCUCCUCGCCAUAACUGA